UAGUCGACAGAAACAGUGGAAGGUGGACGAAAUGGCCGAGCCCCGAGUGUUCCCUUUAUCCUGUGUCGUUCAGGACUAUGCUUGGGGGAAACUGGGUCAAGACAGUGAGGUGGCGCAUUUGUGGUCGAAAGGUGGCCCUAACCGUGAGAUAAAGCCUGAUAAGCCUUAUGCAGAGCUGUGGAUGGGAUCUCACCCCAAAGGAGAUGCUCUCAUCAUAGACAACCGCAUUAAGGAGAAGACCUUGGGUCAGUGGAUAGCGGCUCACCCUGAGUGCCUGGGGUCAAAGGUCCGAGAGACAUUCCAGGAUCAGCUGCCAUUUCUCUUUAAAGUGCUAUCAGUAAGGCUGGCACUGUCCAUCCAGGCACAUCCAGACAAGGUGCUAGCCAAGAAGCUUCACAGUCAGUUCCCACAGCAUUAUCCCGAUGACAACCACAAGCCAGAGAUGGCUAUUGCACUUACCCCCUUUCGUGGCAUGUGCGGCUUUCGGCCUGUCUCGGAGAUUGUAGGUUUUUUGCGCGAUGUACCAGAAUUCCACGCUCUGAUUGGCCAGGAGUCUGCCAAGAAUUUGGAGUCUGUUGCAUCAGGUUCCUGUGAUGGAGAGCUGGUGCGAAGUGCCCUGAAGAGCUGCUUCACAUGCAUGAUGCAGAGCAGCAAGAAGGAGUGCGCGGAGCAGCUUAACCUGCUAGUGCAGCGUGUGUCCCAGCAAGCCAAGAAUGGAGGCGAUGUCUCUAAUUCCAUUGGAGAUCUGCUUCUCACACUGCAUUCUCAGUUUCCCGGGGAUAUUGGAUGUUUCGCCAUUUAUUUCCUCAAUGUCGUUACUCUUCAACCCGGAGAAGCAAUGUACCUGGGAGCUAAUGAACCCCAUGCCUAUCUGGAGGGAGACUGCAUAGAGUGCAUGGCUUGUUCCGAUAACACCGUACGCGCUGGUCUCACUCCCAAGUUUAUAGAUGUUCAGACUCUCUGCGAGAUGCUGACAUACAAUGCGGCUCCUGCCAGCUCCAAGCUCUUCCGUCCUGCACCCGUCAGUGGAGACCCCUAUGCCACGCUGUAUAAUCCCCCCGUGCCAGACUUCACCGUCAUCAAAAUAGAGGUACCACCUUCCGUGUCCCAGUACCAAGUGGUGGCUUUAGACUCUGCUAGCAUUUUGCUGAUCGUCCACGGUCAAGCCACAAUCCAUGGAUCACAGGAAGGCCUGAGCCUUCACCCAGGCUCGGUUCUCUUUAUAUCUGCCAACGAGACUUUAACCCUUAACGUAGGCGGUAAAGAUAACCUUCUUAUGUUUAGGGCAUGUUGUUUACUAUAAUAUGGCACAUUUUAUAGCGAUAUUGGUUUUAUUUCUUCUUAAUAAUUCUAGACAUGCUGCACCAUGAAGUGCAGUUGAACUCGGUGUUCCUAGGGACGGGGGGUGUAUUGAAGCACGCAGAUUUUAUCAGGCUUUCUCAGGUGUCGGGUUGUUAGCUAUUCUGUAAGCUGUUCCCUUGCUGUGGGUGACCAUCGUCAUCCAGACAUGGAUGCUUUUUUAUGGGCAGUUGAUAUGGUAGAAGAUUAUUUCCUUAAUACCAAAAAUGGGUUUUAAAAGGAAUAGUUCACCUUUUCAAAUACAUUUUUAAAUGUAUGUGUCAAUAUUCUUACAUGGGUUCUGUAAAAAGCAGUUACCCAUUAUGGUAAAUCAUAGCCAACUUCUCAAGAAAUCUUACCUGAAUACUUACGUUAGUAGUUAGGUACAACUGCUUUCAUUUUAGGUCAAUAAUGGAAUAGACUUGGCAUGGUUGCGUUGCCUGCAUAAUUUACCACUGAGAGCUAUAUUGCUGUGAGAUGAACUAUUUAUUAAAAUGGGUGAACUGA